AGAGGCAGGCCGGUGUUUUUCCAUUUGUGAUGAUGGUCACCCAAGUCGAGAGACAAAGGUCAGAAAAAAGCUCAUAAACUAAAUUUACCGCCGCCGAUGUUAUUCAGCACCCAGCCGCCGCACAAUACAGAAGGGACAAGAGCAUUUCAAAGGAAUUAAAGGAACAUUUAAACAGUAAGCAUGGCCCAGAAGGAGAAACUCCAGUGUCUAAAGGACUUCCACAAAGACAUUCUGAAACCAUCUCCGGGAAAGAGCCCAGGCACAAGGCCGGAGGAUGAAGCAGAGGGGAAACACCCCCAGAGGGAAAAAUGGGCUAGCAAGCUUGACUUUCUUCUCUCAGUCGCUGGAGGCUUUGUUGGUUUAGGCAAUGUUUGGCGUUUCCCGUACCUCUGCUACAAGAACGGUGGAGGUGCUUUUCUCAUCCCUUACUUCAUCUUCCUGUUUGGUGGAGGUCUGCCUGUGUUCUUCCUGGAGGUGGCGCUUGGCCAGUUCACCUCUGAGGGAGGAAUCACAUGUUGGGAGAAACUUUGCCCCAUUUUUACAGGCAUUGGCUAUGCGUCCAUCGUGAUCGUUUCUCUGCUGAACGUCUACUACAUUGUGAUCCUGGCAUGGGGCUUGUACUACCUGUUCCAAUGCUUUCAACCAGAGCUUCCUUGGGCAAGCUGCAACAACAAAUGGAACACAGAAAAUUGCGUGGAGGACACCCUCCGCAAGAACAAAACACUCUGGGCUGCGAAUGCCACUAACUUCACUUCACCAGUCACUGAGUUCUGGGAGCGAAAUGUCCUCAGCAUCUCGGAUGGUAUCGAGGAUGUGGGUGACAUUAAAUGGGACUUGGCCCUUUGUCUUCUUGCUAUGUGGGUGAUCUGCUUUUUCUGCAUCUGGAAAGGUGUGAAGUCCACAGGGAAGGUUGUGUACGUUACAGCAACGUUCCCGUUCAUCAUGCUAAUCGUCUUACUUGUGCGGGGUGUCACUCUUCCUGGGGCAGCUCAGGGCAUCAAAUUCUAUCUUUAUCCAAAUUUGACUCGCCUUGGAGACCCAGAGGUGUGGAUUGAUGCGGGGACGCAGAUAUUCUUCUCUUACGCCAUCUGUCUGGGAGCUAUGACGUCAUUGGGAAGCUACAACAAGUACAAAUACAACUGCUACAGGGACUGUUUGCUGCUGGGAGGCCUGAACAGCGCUACCAGUUUUGUGUCUGGCUUCGCAAUAUUUUCCGUCCUGGGCUUCAUGGCACAAGAGCAAGGGGUGGACAUAGCCGAUGUGGCAGAGUCAGGUCCUGGCUUGGCCUUCAUUGCUUACCCUAAAGCCGUCACUAUGAUGCCACUGCCUACAUUUUGGGCCAUUCUUUUUUUCGUCAUGCUUCUGCUGUUGGGCCUUGACAGUCAGUUUGUCGAAGUGGAAGGGCAGAUCACAUCCCUAGUGGAUCUGUAUCCAUCCUUCCUACGGAAGGGAUAUCGGCGUGAAAUUUUCAUAGCUAUUGUGUGUUUCAUGAGCUACCUAUUGGGACUUACAAUGGUCACCAAGGGUGGAAUGUAUGUGUUUCAACUCUUUGACUACUAUGCAGCCAGUGGAGUGUGCCUUUUAUGGGUUGCAUUCUUUGAAUGUAUUGCUGUAGCCUGGGUCUAUGGCGCUGAUAAUUUCUAUGAUGCGAUUGAAGAGAUGAUUGGUUACAGACCAAAUCCCUGGAUGAAGUGGAGCUGGUCUGUAGUCACACCUUUUCUGUGUGUGGGAUGCUUUGUCUUCUCACUGGUCAAGUAUACACCCUUGAGGUACAACAAAGUCUACGAGUACCCGGAUUGGUCCAUUGGAGUUGGCUGGACCCUCGCCCUUGCGUCCAUGAUCUGCAUACCAAUGGUGGUUGUGAUCAAAAUCAUUCAAUCGGAUGGGCCCCUCAUAGAGAGGAUCAAAGCCGUGGCGGCACCUGUGAGGGGAGGGGCCAGUUCUUGCCCCCAAGACUACCGACCCAAAAGCAACGAGCUGUCGCAGCCCCUGGACCCCAACUGGAAUGGAGGCUUGAUGAAGCCCACCCACACCAUCGUAGAAACUAUGAUGUGAACGCUCUCUGUGAGAGGAAUCAAAUGUCCUGCUUUUCCAUUAUAUAUAUGUGAUUCUAUAUACAUAUUAUUAAAAAUAUACUCUGUAACUUUUGACAUAGUCGUAGGACCAGGUUUACAUUGCUACGCAUCUGCACUAGGAGUCCUUGUUUUUUGUUUUUCUACAGAGAAAGUUACAUUUUUUUCUGUCUGUAUUUUUAAUAUUUUUAUCAAAUUACUAUUAUUAUAUUACUAUUAUUGUCACUGUUAUUAGAGUGAGAACAGAUCACAUACAACAGUAUCUAAAUUAGAACCACGACUGUUCUAUUUUUGUAACUUUUAUCUUGUACAUAUUGGAAUUGAAGUGAGCUGUACUUAUUUUUAGAUUAAAAUUAUGAAAGAAAAAAAACCUCCCACAAAGGGCUCCAGAAACAGUAAAAGAGUGCACGUAAAUCGUGUUGGACAAGUGAAGUUGGUGUACACAGAUAAAAUAAAAAAAAACUAAAUCCACUUGCCCUCUCCCGUGAUGAACUGUUAGUCAUUUAGGGAGGAAACUUUGAAUAGUCAAGUCCUUAAGUGCAAAAAUAAUUUUCGCAAUCAGUAUUUUUUUGUCUUGUUUUCCAGUACAAAUAUCUAAAAGCAAACAUCUGGCAUUCAGUGAGGCACUUACAAUGGAAGUCAGUGGGGAAAAUCCAUAAACGUUAAGAUACUCUGUAUUUUAGACGUAACAAGCAGUAAACGAUAUCUGUGUUUAAAUGAUUUUAAUGUUAUAAAAUCGCUUACUAACCUUUUCUGUGUAAAGUUAUAUUUAGAACUUUGUUGCCAUGACAACUUAAACCUGUAAACCCUGUAAUCCCACAAUAAUGACAAUUUUAAACAACUUUACAGUUCAAAAAAUAAAUUAGUUUUAACAGAAGAAUUAAUAUAAGUGCUUUUAUAAAAUUAUAAGCUUCACAUUUCUGCCUUUAAACCCUUUAAAUGUAGGCCCCAUAUACUUCUAUUGUAAGUGCCUCAUUGUAACCUCCAUUUUUAUUUUUUUAGAAAAGGAGGGAUGAAUAGAUGUAUUUUUUUCUGUGGGAAUCAACAUUGUGCCACAAAUUCUGUCAACCGAACGUAACUAAUAUUGAAGCCAUAUUAUUCCGAAGCAAAAUUGGUUACGAUAAGAAUAUAUCAUAACAACAAUAUAUCAUAAAAAUAUUUGGCAUAUUGGUAUAUUUUCUUUUUUAAGCAAUGAACCGCAUGCAUUUUUGUCAGAUUUUAUGAAGUCUUAAUAUGUUGCACAAUUUUUCUUACUAAAUGAUUUUAAGGAAUUUUUACUGGAAAAUGACAAAAAUGCUUAUAAGAAUGGUUGUUGUUUUUUUUGGUAGUGUUUUGCAUUAUUGUAGAUCUUUCAUUUUAUGACGCUAAGUGUGUCCUAAAAAUCGUUUAGACUGGAGUUUGUGCUGUCUGGAAGAAUCGCACUGGUUAGCCCUGCUUGUUUACAGAGUAAUAUUCAAGCAUUAAACCACAAGCACAAAGGACACUACAUUCUCCACUAUGGUGCAAAGUUCAUGUAGAUGAAGUCUAACUGUUUUGUAAGUGUUCAUAUCCCAUGGUGUAUUACCUCGGAAAUGCAUGCCACACUAAUUCUUAGCGGUCUCUUCCACUAUAGAACAUGGAGAAGUCUAGGAUCUGGCAUUAAAAAAUAGUAGUAUUGAAGAUGCUAGCUAGCCUGCCAUUGCAACGUACCACAUUUAAUCAAAAAUAUCAUGCCACAUGAUUAUCAGGCACCAAGCACAUUCUUAUUUUGGGGUGUUGAAUGUGAAGCUGCCUGACAAGAUUUUCAUUUAGAUUCAGGGUUUUUUCUUUUGAUUUGUUUGUAUAUCAAAUUUAAGCUGUUUAUUUUUUUGAGUUUCCAAUCACAUUUGCCUUUUGCAUUUAAUAAAAUGUCACUGUAUUCAACAGUUACCAAUAGAUCACAUAUACAACUAAUCAAAAAAAAAAAUAAGAAAAGAAAAAAGAGCUUGCUGCGAACUGUAAUGUGCAAUGUUUUGUUGAACGAUAUGCAUUGUAACUGUCUUCACUUUUCUUUCAAAACGUUGGUACUUGGAAUUGUUGAAUUACUUAUAUUUGAAGGUAAGGGUGUAUGCUCAACGUAGCGUUGUAUAAUGUCAGAAAGAAUGAACAGGGGCCAAUUUAAGCUACCAUGUAUGGUAUGCUGUAUUAACACCAAAAAACUCAAUGCAGUUCUACUUACUGUGACAAUUUUUUAAAUAAGAAACUAAAUGAUAAAUUUGAUUCUUUGCUGCCAUUAUAUGAAUUGCAUAUUUUAGCUUCAAUAUUCUUUUAUUCGAAAUUAUAUAAAACAGAAAUGCAGCCAAUCAAAAAGGGAGAUGUUCAAUUGAUUUCAACAGUUUCUACCGUGGUACCAUAGUAAUGCUUCAUGGAAGAAGUACAACUGAAAUUGAAAGCUGAAGUGUGCAAUAACUGAUCGAGUAUUUCAAAUAUUUUCCCUAUACCAGCUAAGCUAUUCGUAGGUCGAUUUCCCACAACAAGCUCUAUCAAAGCAUUGGUCUUUGUGUUGAGCAUCCCAAACAUCCCGCCAUAGCAAAAUUGGCCCAACUAAUGUCAUGAGUUUGGGGCGGGAAAUUCAGUUUUUUUGUUUCGACCAUUGGCAGAUAGGGGGAGUGUUUGGGAAACCUGUUUGAAAACAGUAUUUACUUUUGCAACUCUGUUUGGUGAUGUUAAAGGUGUGGAAAUUACACACUUCAGCUUUUAUAUAACAUUUGAAACUGAAAUCCAAUGAUAAUUUUGACAGAGGCAAAAAAAAAUAAUCCAGUCUCAGGGUUCUAAUAUAAGCGUAAAGGAGACUUGACCGAUUUUUCUCUAUUGCACGUCUCUUGAAACCCUUCCAUUUUUGAAGAUUAGCUAAGAGUGGCAGUGUUUAUAAACUCAAGAGAUUACCUUUAGUAAUGAUUAGAAAUGUUCUAUUUUUUAUUUUAUUUUUGAAGAUAUCUGUAAGUGAAAAAAGCAAGUGUAUCGAUAAAAGAUUUUAUAGUACCUAAAAAAUGAGAAAAAAAACUUUUUAUCUCUUAAUAAACAU